AAUGUAACACGAUUUCUGAUUGGUUACAGCGAAUACUUUAACCAAUAAAAACAAAGUAUACAUAAACAGCUGAUUAUCAUUGACAUCAGGGAUCCGGUGCUGAAAAUGGCCAGCUCGGAAGACAUCUUCUCCGGCAAAGAAGACGAUAACACUUCUUCUGAUGCAUCAAACGAUCAACAUAAAUUUAAAGAUCCAUUAAUAAGCGGUCUCGACCCAAGUGACGACGGAGAGAUGGAGAGUCUUAGUUUAGAUGCCUCUGGAAAAUCAGACCUCAGUGUGUCACGCAGUUCAAGUCUGAUAGCCAACCUGAGUCGCUAUGACGAUGACCUUGAUGAUGAGACCCGUGACCUUUUUGUUGUGGUAGAUGACCCAGAGAAACACACAAGCACAAUGGAAUCCUAUGUCACAUUUAGAAUCAACAUGAAGACCACUAGGAGUGAGUUUGAUGACAGUGAAUAUUCCGUCAGGCGAAGGUAUAAUGAUUUUCUGUGGCUAAGACAACGGCUAGAAGAAAGCUACCCUACACAUCUUGUACCUCCAUUACCAGAAAAGCACAGUCUGCGUCGUUUAGAUAGAUUCAGCCAAGAAUUCCUACGAGUGCGACAGUCAGCUCUGCAGAAGUUUUUGACAAGGAUAGCUGAUCACCCUGUAUUGUCCUUUGACACAAAUUUCCAUGUAUUCUUAACCGCCAAAGCCUGGGAAUUCCAGGCACACAAGAAACAGGGGUCUGGUAUCCUCAGUCGUGUUUCCGACUCGAUACACAACAUUAGCGCUGCCUACAUGAUGAAGAACCGCUCUCCUGAAUUUACCAUGAUGCAUGAAUAUGUUCAGUCCUUUGCUGACAAGCUGGGUGUCCUUGACCGGAUAUCACAGAGGGUGUCUAAGGAACAAGGAGAGUAUUUGUUGGAGAUGAAGGACUGGGGACCUAUAUAUACCCUUUGGGCUAACUCUGAGGAUAACCUUACCACCUCACUGCUGGCGAUGUCUAAGGCCGUCGACUCAAGCUGUGAUGCUUUGAAGGAAGUGAUUGAGAGAACAGAAGCCAACUUCUCUCAACCCCUCAAAGAAUACACUCUCUACUGUGAUGCCAUCAAGGCUGUUCUACGACGUAGAGAUGCGAUCCAGAUGGAAUAUGAUAUGACCAUAGAGGAGCUGAGCAAGAAGAAAGAUGAACGAGAACAGGUAAAGAUUUCGGACCAGACCUACUCCAUUGGAGCUUUCCUAGGAAAGGAUCCCGAAGAUGUGAAACAACAAAAACAGGAGAAAUUAGAACAACAAAUCACAGAUCUCACAACUCAGAUGGAAUCCUUAAACGAUAAAACUGCUUGUGCUGAUGCAGACCUCAGGGUUGAUAUGGAGCGAUGGCACAAAAACAAACAGCGGGACCUCAAAGAGCUCUUCAUCAACCUAGCAGACAGGCAAAUAGCAUACUACGAAAGGACACUAUCAUGUUGGGAAGAGGCUAUCUGUGCAAUUCAGGAAAAGAAUUUAUUUGCCCCAAAGGAAAAAUCAAACCCUGAUACAUGUGAAGAAAUUGAGAAAGAUGGAGAGAAAAAGGAAGAAGAAGAUUAACGACACUUGAACUUUUUGCAUCAGAAUGUUACAAUGUCAACCUGAAAAUUGUUUGGAAAUACCCCAUAACCCAAUGGGCAAGCAUGUUACAGAGUAUCUACGCAGGAUGGUGUACAGGUCACACAGACAAAGGCUUCAGUGAUGUGGGUUAUCUUUUGACCAAUACUUUAGGAAACACUGUGGUGACACUCAGUGUCUACAAUAAUAAUUACUGCAGUGCAGGUAUUGUUUGUCUGAAUUCAAUUAAUCAUGUGGCACACACUUGUUCAAUGCAGUUUUAUUUUUAAGCAGCAAUUUUUUUUUUUCAUUGAGAAUAAUGUAUACGUAUACAUUUACCAUCUAUGCCUUGUAUUCAUGGAUUACCUAUAACAUCUUCACGUGGUGAAAUUCAACUCUUCUUUUUUCCCCGUUUUUUUUUUAUUUGCAAAGAAAUUGGCAACAAACCAAUUGCAUAUUAUUUACAAAGUGCUUCAAUAUUGAACCAAAAAUUGAUGUAUCUUAAAAUAUUUUCAAUGUUUGCAUUUAGUUCUGGGUAAAUUGCAUUGUUUUAGCACUCUGUAACAUGUAUGUCAUAAUUUGUCUUAAAAUUUCUGCCUUUUAUCUGCAGGUUCUCUAUGGUAAUUGCAGAGUCGUCAUCUUUCCAUCUGUCUUUCAUCCACACUAUUACUUCUAAAGAUAAUCCAUGCACUUAAAAAAGUUUCAUCAGCCAUAGACUAUUACCGUAUUUUACCGGGUAUAAGCCCAAGGUGCUAGAGCACUGAAAAUGGGCAGAAGUCGGGGGUGGGCUUAUCCCCGGAUAUUUUUGCAAGAGGGAAAAAAAUUGGCCGCCAUCUUAGAUUAUAAAACGAAAGAGGAUAGCCCGAUCUACAUCAAUGAUCUAAGACUGAAAUAUUUAAAAAAAAAAUAAUGCAAUACAUUGUUUUAUUCCAUUUGGAUCUUGUCAACAAAUUACAGGUGACAUAAUCGUAAGUUACAAGGUUUGGGAAAUGUGUUCAGUCACCGCAUAAUUUGUGAAGAGAAAUAAGAAUGUAUGAACCAUUUCAAAAGUUGGGGUGGGCUUAUUCCAGAAUAUGAGCCUAUGCAGAAAAAAGAUAAAAAAUAGGGGGGGUGGGCUUGUCCCCGAGUAUGGGCUUAUACUUGGUAAAAAACGGUAUAUGUGGAUGUACAAUAGAGAUUUAACAAAGUUCUAGAUCAGUUUCAUCAACGUUCUUUAACUUAAAGAAAUCCUCUAACUUUAACAUUUUCCAUAUGAAAACAUUUAUUAUUUAAAGGAUUUAAGACAAAAAAAUAUUAAGGAACUUUCCUUAAAUUCUGUAAUGCUUUCCUAUGGAAAAUUUUACAUAAGGAAUUUCCAUAAGUUGAUGAAACUGGGGCCAGGUCACUUUAAGAAUGAGGAUACGGUUCUUGUCUAUACCGUCUGGCUCACAGUGGCACUUUCCUUGUUGUUUACUUUAAGCUGAUUGUGUUUAUUGCUCCAUGUGUACAAUUUUUGCUACAGUAUUUACUCAUCAACCAUUUACCCAUUAAUCGGAGUUUAACUGUAAUUCACAUCUACCAGGUACACUACUGAGGUCUGGUCAUCCACAUAGUUUGUUGUCCUACCAAAUAUUUAUAGUUUAGCCUUUAAGACACAAAUAUCCUGUACAGGUUGAGUAAUAACUGUAACCCUUCUGUUUAAAAACAUCACAGCUUUAUCAAUAUCUUAAUAAGCUGUCAUCAAAAUGCUAGUGGGCGAAAAGACUGUAGUGAAAAGCUUCUAUUUUCUAAGUUGCAAAAUGUUUGAAAUCAAAAUGUUGUUUCUUCUUAGAAAACCGUUUCAGACUUUUCUGUGUUUUCUUUUAUUUAUUUCAUUUUUGUACUUAAAUUGAAAUUGAGUGCCCUCUAUAUUUGCCAGUAGCUGCAAUGUAUUGUGUCAAAUGGAAUGAAUCCCAAUGAAAACUAUGUAGUAAUUAGUGGGAAAGAAAAUAGAUUACUGGUAGGAAGUAUUUGUAUUCUGUAUUUGUUAUUUAUUUACAGUUUUAUUGCAUUUUUUAAAAUUUUUUGUUUGAGAAAUACUCAUGAUUAUGAAGAUAUACUAGAUUGGUUGUGAGAUUGAAUGCAUAUUAAUUAUUCAUUUAGAUAGACAAAAUAAUUUCACUGGGGAAUAAUAAUUUGAAAUUAGACAAAAUAAUUUCACCGGGGAAUAAUAAUUUGAAAUUUGGAAGGCAGUCAAGUCUACAAAAUUUGCUGGGCAAAGGACAUUUUCACUGCCAAGUUUUUAUCUGCUGUAUCUGUAGAAAUAUGAUGUCUUUAAUUAUGUAACAAUUUUGACAUAAUUAUGUUGUCUCGAUCAUGAUAUUGAUUCUGAUAUCACACAUGUAGGUUACGAAAGUCUACUUUGGCAUAAACUGUCUCCUGACUACAAAUGAUGAUACCCCGUAUCACUCUAACAUGUAGGCCUAUGUUGACUAUAAACUGCAGUGAUGUCACACUACUCAAUGGCUGUACAAGAAUUUGUUUUGAUGUACAAUUAGGCCCACACCACAUUAAGAGAUGUCCUUUUCCUUUAGUCGGUCCAUCAGCUUGUCCGUCUAUUCAACGUCUUUGAUAGAUGUUAAGGCUUGUUUCUCUGAUACUGUAAUUCCCAUAUUUAUCAAGCCUUGUGAAGGUACACCUUAAUUCAUGGGCAAUCUAGGUCACUGUGACCUUUAUUUUCUGGAUAACUGACUUUGAAAAGGAUAGGUUUUAGCUCCAUUUCAAUCAAGGCAGGAGCAGGAAUGUAAAUCUAAUUAGUCGUUAAUUUGAGUUCUCAACUUCAGCAAAUUAUAAUAGUGCAAUGGCCUUGUUAAGUUUUAUUUCUCCUCUUGAAACAGAAAAUUUUGUUUGAAGUGCUAUCAAGAGUCUUGUUUAUAGAUAGAAUUUGAGGGGGUGCAGUGUACUUUAAUAUUGGCUUAUUGUCUCAGUCUUGUUUAACUUUUCAUUUCAUAGUAGUGUAUUUGCCAAAUGAAUAUGGCCUUGAAAUAUGUACACCUGUUAUAUUGUUGCAUUUGUUUUUACAUAUAUGUAUGUAAAAUGUGCCUCACAUUUUCCAAUUCUUGUGAAGGCAUUAUUAUUAAGUACUGAGAAACAAUUUGUAACCUAUUUUUGUGUUACUAUAUUAGACCUAUUAAACACUCCAUCUAUUAUGAGUGCUCCCUAUCCAAUCCUUGGGUCCUAUUUUUUCACCAUAACAAAUGACUUGCUGUCUUUGUGGGUUUUUUCCCCUUUCAAUUUUGACAGUUCUGCAAUCAAUUUUCCAAAUUUUAGUAUAAUUCAGCAUGUUAAUUGCCUCAGAUAUGGCAGAGACUUGUAUAUCACAAGUCUCUGGAUAUGGUAAAUACUAUAGAAUAUAUAGGGAUUUACUCCGAGUGGUAACAGAUAUAUACUGAUUAUCAAUUGAUCUCAUUUACGUGCUGUUGGUCCUCUUUAAUCCAGACAAGUUUUUCCCUCCGGUCUAGAUCCUAGUACAUUGUAUGCCAACUUUCAUUACUAUGAUAAUCAUAUUGUGUUCUGUUUUAAUGAUUUUGAAAUGUUUAGAUUAAAAUUACACUGCAAAACUAGAUCCUAUUUUUGGUAAUUGUUGAGAAGAUGUCUCGGAUUAAUGAGGUUCAGUGGUAAUCUUUAAUCAUAUAAUUUACAAUGUAAAUCUGUAGAUUGGUGCAGAAAUUUUGUAUCCAAGUUGCUUUGUAUGUCAAAGUAGGCAUUGGUCAUGUUGUCAGUAUUAGUGGAUUUGUGCAAUUUUUGUUAAACAAUUGAUGAUAUAAAGAGAUUUUGUGUUAAAUUUUGUUUGUAAAAUACUAACCUGCAUAGCAAUACCUGUCUAACCUGAACUUCUGUUGGAAACAAUGCAAUCUUUUUGGUCGGAUUAUACAGGGUUAUGUACCUAGGAAUAUACAUGGAUCAUUUGGAAUUUAGUGCUAUGAUAUAUUAAACCGGUCAGAACACUCAGAUGUCAGAUUAGACAGGUUUGACUACUUUCUAAGAAUGAAAAAAAAAAUUGAGGAGACGUGUUGAAUUAGAAUGUUUGUUAGUUGAUGAGAGAUUUAUACAUGUUGCUUGUUGUGUCAUGGAGAGGAUUUGUUUAAAGAGUCUAUGAAAUUUUCGUGUUUCCCUGCAUCAAUGUUAAAUUUCUGCCAAAUGUCAAAGUUAAUUACCAUUACAUCAUAAGCAAAUCAUACAUUUUCUUACCAGUUUUAAAAUGUCACCUUUUUACGAGGGUUGAUUUAUAUUUAUCAUGUCUUUAACAUAUAACUGUUAUAGCAAGUAAUAAUCUGUGUUAUCAAUAUAGAGAGAUACAACUAUAAUAACACUAUCGUAAUCACGAUAUCCCAUCAAGAUCGAGUCGAAAGUGGAAGACAUACAGAUCAAGUCGAUAGUGGAAAACAUACAGAUCGAGCCGAUAUUCAUUGGUCCUGAAGGAUCCGUCAGAGUCAAUACUCAUUGUUCUUGAAGGAUACAGUCAGAGUCGAAAUUCAUUGGUCUUGAUGGGAUAUUGAUUAAACAAUUUUCAAUAAUGUUCUCCUGAUUAUUAUACCUAUUUAUGUGAUAAAUAGAAUCUUAUACUCUUGUUGGUGUAAUAAACAGUUUACUAAACUCUUCAUUAAUUUGAUGUCAGCUACUGAAAGGCUUGUGACAUAAAUCAAAUUAUUGAAUUAUUUUAUAUCCAUAAAAUAUUGACACAGAUGUAAGACAGUCUAUAUUUGGAAAAUCUAUUUCAUUUCAUCACAGAUUAAAUGUGUUUGACACCUGAGGAGUGUGAUAACAUAUUAAUACUCUAUCAGGUGUUACAUUAUCUUUCACUGCUCACUGAAAUAGCUCCUCACAAACAACUCUUUAAAAAUCAUCCCUAUUUAUUUCAUUUUCAUAAUUGACAAAAAUAAAAAUGGCUUUGUUGUGAAAUUUAAUGAAGAAAACCUUUCUCUUUUUAUGGAGUGUAUUGUUCAUUUAAAAAGUCAAAGGUCCUUGAUUUUGACUAAAAGAUAAAAUUUAUGCAUCUUUUUCUGAAAUAAACAAAUUUCUCAACUCAUUUUGGUUGACAAAAAGUCAUGUCACUAUCGCUAAUUACCAAAAGUCACAGGAGACAGAACACUGUGUCCUGUAACUUUAUAAAAGUAAAUAAGGUGAACUCAUAUUGUGUUUUUAUUUAAUUAUCCUACAGUAAGUCUGAGGGUGUCAACACAUAACCUUUGUCCCAAAGUAGCGGUGGGGUUAUUACAGGAUAAAUAGUAUAUAAUGGUUGGUAAUUCUACUGAACAUCAAUACAUACCUAUGUUGGAGUGGAGUCAUUACCAGACAUGGGCCAAUUGCUGGAUAAAUAUGGUAAAUAUGAUUACCAGCAGUUAAUUGUUGUGUGACCUCUAUUGAAUAAUCAAUUUUUUUUUAUUAUGAUAAUUAAAAAAGAUUUUAGAAUGUUCUUCAUUUCAUCAGAUUAUUUACGUACUACUCAUGUUUUGAUACCAGAAGGAUAGCGACAACUUAUUUCUUUUUGAUAAUCUGUUUAUUUAUUGACUUAUUUAUAUAAAUAUUAUAUGUGUAUCAUUUUGCUCUCAUUGUAUUUUAAUGAACACAUUACUAUGUAUUUGUCUUCUGUAAAUAGUGUACAAAUAUUUUAGCUACAAUAGAAAACAACAAAACCACCCUGCAUCACAAAAUCACGAAUUGUUCAUCCAUCAUUGUUAUAAACAUUCCAGGCAGUUUUAUGUUGUAUUGUUUUAUGUAGUAGAGAGAAAGUAUACCUAUAUCCACAAAUUUACAGUUUUGUAUUUUUUCUUUUAAAUGAAUUGUAUUGGGUAUUAAGCAUGUUGUAUUUGGAGAAGGAAAAACAAUAUGCAAUAUUUAAAAUCUUCCAUCUUUUAUAAUAUUUGCUAAAAAAAUAAAUGAAAUUCAAACAUUUUACCCAGAGAUAUGAAAUGAAUACAAUUUAGGAUUAAAGUCCAUCUGGAGCACCAUACCUUCAUAUUGUGAAAUGAUUAAAGGCUUAUGAUGUAGAAACUAGAAAGAUAUGAUUUAUUGAUUUUACAAUUGGCUUUAUGUUUGAUCUGUGAUAUACAAUGUACAAUACAUGGCUAAUAAAUGAUGGAAAUAGUUCUG